AUGUGCGAGUUACUUCUGCCGCACCCUGUACCAAGAAACAAAGAUUCGUCGUUUCGUGGCUUCGAACAACGACUCUACCAGCGAACUGAUUUUGAAUCUCCUGCGACGAAACUCUCAGGUAAUGCAGUUUCGAUUAAAGCCCGUCAAGUACGAAAAAGUUUUUCAAUCAGAACGGAACGUGCUCCGCGGGCCUUUCUUUCUUCGUUGACUGACUAGGAGGAAAGACAAUUGGCGAGCGAAAUGAAGAAAGAAAGUUGUCCAGUAUCCGCAGGAUAUUCUUUCCGAUGAAUUCUUCGGCCAAGGUUCAACACGGGAGGGUUCCUAUAACGUCGUCGGCUACUCGACAGUUCCUCCCACGACCGUCUAUUGCAAUUCUUCCUCGUUUCGGAUACUUGAAACUUCCAACCGUGGGAAAAAUAAAGUACCUGAAAUUCUUAAUAAUAAGAUGCCAACGAUCGAGCCUAGCCGCGUAUCGAUGCGUCCUAGAAAACUUGAGAGGACCGUGCAAAGAGAAGAGUUCGCUGUAGAGAGGAUACCAAAAUCGCUAAAUACUGCGAAAUUCUUCGCCGCAACAAAAAGCAGAAAUACAAACGGCCGCCACGCGUCCCGACGCUCGUUUCCACGGGCAACGUGCGCCAAUGGAUCAAACCGAAUCACGUGUUUUAAACCUCUGCGAGCCACCUUUAUCGAGCAACAUUUAGUUCCGCCAAAGCACGCCGUAUCAUGAUUAGUUUUCCAGACGCGUGCUAAAAGUUAUAGUCGCAGAAACUUCAGUUAUUUUUUUUUCAAACAAUUCUGGGAUCUUACGUUUAUCGUGCUGUUUAUAUUUGCAAGAUAUUCCAUCUAGAUUCAUUUUCUUCGACGCUCGACUUUCGCAAUUCAUUCAUUUAGUCGUUCCAGUGUAAAGCAUCGGCAUCGAUGGAUGGCUGACGUGGACGAUGAACGCGUUAAAUGAUUUAAAUUUUUCAUACGACUCAUCGAAACUCUGGUGUCGAGAGUAAAUGUUACAUCUGAAAAUAUGUUCGCGCUAUGUAUAAUAUCAAUUUGAUUCGAUUCUAUCGCUCCGUAAGAGUUCAAAUAAAUCACGUCCGUUUUAAUUACUUUUUCGCGUUACGAUUUCUCACUCGUGCGAUUCAAUUUCAAAGGUUGAAACCGAAACGAAAGCCGCGAGGUGAACUGCGAAAGGGGUGAAAAACCUUCGCGCUGAAUGGCGACACUCGCGACAAAUGGUUCUUCACGGAUGUCCCCCGCGGAACGGGUGGCAAUUUUAGCAGCGCUCGAAGAGUACGCGAACGCGCUGGCCAUUUACCACAGCACCCUGAAAAAACCAGCGGGACGCGAUAACGAUAUCCCUGUUGACUGCGUUUAUUCCGAGGCCGAUGACUUGGAAAUAUCGGACGUGCAACUCGGUCCCGAUGACAUCGCGGGAAUCGAAAGAACGAAAGCUGCGUUCACGGAACUCUACGAAGACAGCAAGGUCCUGGUCGAAAGCUUGAUCGCGCACGAGAAAGAGGAGACAUCCCUUCUCGCGGAAAGCGACAAGUUGGAAGAAGUCGGAGCACAGUUGGAGAAGAUGUUCAACGACGAGAAGAUCGCUAUCGAAGAGAAGAAGAAGCGUGUACUGAACGAACUAGCCGAGGAACAGAGAGACAUAGAGAAACUGAAAUUAAUUGCGGACGCGGAGUUUGAAUAUGUUACCGCCUGGGAAACGGCCAGAUACGAGCAGAACGUUCUGCGCGGUGAGAUGGAAAUAGAAAAGUUGGAAAGGAUAUUAAACGACUGGCGCGUUCGCGAAAAAAACGAGGAACGGGUCCACGACGAACUGACGAAAUUUCUAACCCGGGAAACAGCGGUGAGUACGCGUAAUAAAUACGCGGUUUCCGCGAAUGCAAAUCCCCGAUGAAUGUUUUCAAAUUCACAGUCGUUCGAGGAGAAAU